UAACAUUUAGUUCAAUGCACCAACAAAUCUUGAAUGGUUCAAACAUAUUCAAUUCUCUCUCAUUUUCCCUAUAAAAAAUUCCUUCAUUGCUUUGCAAGCAAACGUUGCAUGACUUUCCAGAUUCUUUUGCCCUACCACCCUUCAUUUUUUGUCCAUGUUCACAAUCUCUUCGUUUGGUUAAUUCUAAGCGUUUUUGCAUGAAUCAUAUAACCAUGAGCAGUGAAGCGUUAAUGGAGAAACCAAUGAAUGGCAAAUGCCGCUGCCGAACCCAGUCCUGGUACAUUGUUUUGAUCUCUUUUCUUUUGUGGUUCACAUUGUUUUACUUGUAUUCUUCAUCUAUUACAUUUAGCAAGAAAGGAGAUAGUUUCUUCGGGAACCAUCAUAUGGGUUUUGUAGAUUCAUCUGAGUCUUUCCAUGAUGUUGUUAGAGAAGAAACAGGAGAUUCUUCUUCUCAUGUUAAAGAUAUUAAUGUCGGAGAUAAUGUGGAAGAGGCCAAUAAUGAUGGGGAUGAAAUUGAUCAGGUAAUUGCUUCGUUAAUGUCUGAAGAUAAUGAAACUCAAUCUGUUGAGACAAUUUCUGGCAAAGAAAAUGAAGAUAAAUUAAGUAAGGAAGAGGUUAAUACCAGGGAUGAGGAUAAACCUAUUGAUCUAUCUUCCAUGAAAGGAAAAAGAAAGGAAGCAGUGGCCAAACAAAAAGGAACUGAAAAUGUUUCCCAACUACGAAGGGAAGAGAAUGCUGAGGAUCGAACUGUUGACUCAUUUCCCAUUGUCAAGAGCAGAAGGGACAGGGCCAAUCGUCCCAGGAGAAGAAACAGGAAUAAAUCUGUUGAUUCAUCUGAUCCUGUCAUGGAGAAAAGAAUAGAGAAGGUUGUUGUGGAACCAAGAAGACAAAAUGUGCUAAGAGCUCGAUCUGAUUCUACUUCCUGUUCAGGGCGGUACAUAUAUAUUCAUAAUCUCCCCAAGAAAUUUAACCAAGACUUACUGGACAACUGCAGGACGCUUAGUUUCUGGACAGAUAUGUGUGAGUGCGCAUCAAACCUUGGCCUAGGUGCCCCUCUUCCAAGUAAUGAAAAGCUUUAUUCAAGAACAGGCUGGUUUGCUACAAACCAAUUCUUAUUGGAAGUCAUUUUCCACAACAGAAUGAAGCAAUACAAGUGCUUAACCAAAGAUCCAUCGGUAGCUUCAGCAAUCUAUGUUCCUUAUUAUGCUGGCCUUGAUGUUGGUCGCUACCUUUGGGAUCCUGAUGGGUUUAUGAGAGACUAUGACGCAGUUAAUCUUGUCAAGUGGCUUGCAUCUAGACCUGAAUGGAAAAAGAUGUGGGGUAGAGACCAUUUCUUGGUUGCAGGAAGAAUUAAUUGGGAUUUCAGGAGAGACCCCAAAAAUGAGUCUGAUUGGGGGAAUGAGCUUCUGAAUUUUGCUGAAUCAAGGAACAUGACCAUGUUAGUAAUUGAGUCAAGUCCCUGGAACUACAAUGACUUCGCGAUACCAUAUCCUACAUAUUUUCAUCCUUCAAGAGAUGAUGAUGUGUUUCAAUGGCAGAACAGAAUGAGAAGACUGAAAAGGCGAUACUUGUUCUCUUUUGCAGGUGCACGAAGGCCUAACUUGCGUGAGUCUAUCCGCGAUGAAGUUAUCGAUCAGUGCCUAGCUUCAAGAAGGAAAUGUAGGUUCCUUGAAUGUAAUAAAAGCCAGAAGUGCCACAAUCCAGUUUAUUUGAUGAAGUUGUUUCAAAGUUCUGUGUUCUGUUUACAACCUCCAGGAGAUUCCUACACUAGGAGGUCAAUAUUUGAUUCAAUUUUGGCUGGUUGCAUUCCAGUUUUCUUCCAUCCAGGUUCAGCUUAUGUUCAAUAUAUAUGGCAUUUCCCCAAGGAUUAUACUAAAUAUUCUGUGCUGAUACCGGCAGGUGAGGUGAAAUCUGGGAAUGCCAAUAUUGAAAGAAUAUUGCAAAGAAUCCCAAGAGAAAAAAGAGUAGCUAUGAGGGAGGAGAUCAUAAAGCUGAUUCCAAAGGUGAUAUAUUCAGAUCCCUCAUCAAGAUUGGACACAACUGAAGAUGCAUUUGAUCUCACGGUAAAGGGAGUUAUUGACAGAGUUGAGACAGUGAGGAACCAAAUGAGAGAAGGGAAACAAGUGAAUUCUGAACUCGAUGAAGAAGAGUCUUGGAAGUAUUUUACAUUUGGGAAACUAGGAAUCCAUGAAUGGGAUCCUUUCUUCUCAAGCAAACCCGGAAAACGUGGCAGGUGAAUGUGCUGAAGAUGAAUCUUGAAAGUAUUUACAUUGGGGAAACAGGUGGAGGGGUCCAUGAAUGUGAUCCAACUUUUCCUUCUAAUCUAACUCGUGAAUGUCAGUACUCGCAAAAAGAAACUAUAGGAAGAAACAAACAGGAAUUUUCUUUUAAUUAUUGUAAAUAGUAAUACCAAUUUAGAACAUGUACUUGUUGAAGAUCAUUGUUAUAUAUGAGGUCCAUUCCUUUCAUUUUGUCUGGUUGGUGUUGUUCGAUGAGUAGUGACUCCUUUUCAAUAGGUUCUCUUUCAUUGAUGUAUGAUCGUGUAUUCGUAUAACAAGUAACAACAGUUUUUAAAUUUACACGUU